UUGGACAAGAUAUAUAAUUGUUUCAUUAUUUGUUUACUUCUCAGUGACGCAGUGACAGGGGAAGGAGAAGACGUAGCUCUUUGUGUAAUGAGAUUUUUAAUGAGAUUUUCCUAGUCUAGUCAUGAGCAGAAGGUGGGAAGAGUCAGCAAGGGGCAUGGCAAGGACUCCAGAAAGUUGGGUGUGCAUUGGGCCAAGAACACUGCUAUAUUUUGCAUUAUUGCUGCUAACUGUUAACCUAGGGCGAGUGAGUGCAACCUCCCCCCAUGGCUCCAGCUUUCCUCAGGAGCUCUUGGUGGAUAGUAAUCACAUCAUCAACUUUCCAGAUCAAAACUUUGAUUUUGAUGUGAGUAUUAUUGAAGAGAAAAACACAAGAAACAGGAGAGAUUCUACAACUAGCCACAGUAGUAAUCUGACAGUUAAACAUUUCUACCUCUGGACUAGAACUAAUGCUGGUAACACCUCAUACCAUGAUCUUGAUCCAGGACAACCUGAUACCAUCAAGAACAGUACCUUUGUGCCAAGAACAACUUAUAUAAUAGUACACGGUUUCCUUGGAUGGGGAAUAGAGUCAUGGAUUCUCUUCAUGAAAGACAAGUUCCUGAACAUCUCCGACUGCAAUGUCAUAUCAGUUGACUGGCCAGCCGGGACCGAAUGGUUUCUUCCAUCAUACUAUACAGCUGUAUCACGUGUUCCUUACGUAGGGAAGGACACUGCUUGGCUUCUCAGAAAGCUAAUGGAUUAUAAGGGGUUGAAUCUGAAAGAUGUUCACUUGAUUGGCCAUUCACUUGGGGCGCACGUGUCUGGUCUCACCUCUAAACACUUCAAGACAAGAGUGGGCAGAAUUUCAGGCUUGGAUCCUGCUGGUCUCACGUUCCACAAGGUGCCUAAACAGCAGCGACUAGAUAAAUCGGAUGCAGAUUAUGUAGAUGUAAUUCAUACUAAUGGUUGCUACACAGUCUGGAGACCAUGGACAGACUGUUAUGGCAUCAAUGAGAAUUUAGGCCACAGUGAUUUCUGGCCAAAUGGAGGAGAGCAUCAGCCAGCCUGCAGAGCUGUAUCAGGUGACAUUGGUUGUGACCAUGAACUAGCAUAUACCUACUAUCUAGAGAGCAUCAGUUAUGGCAUAGAUGACACGUACUUCCUUGCUCGUAAUUGCUCGGCUUGGAAUCAGUAUGAAGAUGGGGAAUGCCCAUGCGGAGACGAAGCUCAGUACAUGGGCUUUUUUGCUAAUCCAACAGGCACUCUCCUGGCUGCUAAAUCCUUCUUCAAGUGGGGUGCGAUGCGCAGGCGUGACGUCACGAGGUUCUUGGCAGUGAUUGGUUCCUUUCACAGGCGGCCAUUAAGAUUGGAGGUCAAUGGAUUACGGCGCUACCUUUCGAUGCCUGCUUCAGGGCGCCUACAGCUGAACGCCUGGACUGAUAAAGCCAUGGCACUCCCAACCAGAAGAGACAGGACAGCAUGUGCGGCACAAGGCCGGGAGCCCUCAGGCUGCAGGCCGCGAGGAAGCAAAUCCCGCGCAUUACGGGCCAGAGAAUAG